AUGGUCCAUGCUAUAAAAUCACUAUUUACAUUUCAAGAAGAAGUUUUGGCACAAAAGCAAUAUGAACGGGAUGAGAUGCAAUUAGCUCACGACCGCGCUUUGGUUUCAUUGUCGAAGCUACUGCAUCAGUGCCAGAUAUCACGUCUGGACAUGGAGGAGAAACUUUCUUCAAUCUGGGGCCCCAGUGACGAUAGUUUUACCGAUUGUUUUGCCGAUUGUUACCUUGACACUGAUGCAGUGCUCAUCGAUACUGAGCUGGCAUGCGCUUGCGACACCCUCAACAGUCUGACCGAGAAAGAACAUGCAUUACAAUCUGAAAUCUACUUUACCGUCCGAUCUCAAAAGCCAACUACGAUGCAGAGGGUUGUAGAUUUUAAGGCUACAGAGUCGAGUUUUGACCACUUUAAAACAAAUGUAACCUAUGCGUGGAGAUGCACGGCACAGUUUGUACGCGGCUUGGCUAUCAAAGCUGCUUGUUUAUGUUUAGUGAAAAAAUAA